GACAGAUUACGGGACCUGCGAGCGAGUCGAGGCGAUCUGUGUGUGUUCGGUUCGCGGUUUCGCGUUUUUUUGUAAUCCGCGGCCAAGUGCAUCGCGUUCCCGUCCGUAACAUCAAACCCUGCGGGUGAAAUACGGUGCCGUGCCGAAGCUGUGUAGUGGCGUGAUCCUGGUUCCGGUUCGUUUAUGGGGUGAGAUUGUUCCAGCCGUUCGUGUUUUGUGUUCCUAAUGAGUGAUAGAGGAAGGUUCCCUCAAAUUGGCGGGUGUUGUGGUUUUGGGGCUCUUCCGGAUGUGAUCUAUGUUGUGGCCAAUUGAAAAGUGGUCAAAUCCUGCUAGAAAUACGGGGAAAUCCUUAGGAGUUUCCAGCGGCCGUGAAUUCAGCAGAAAAGGUCAGUGUUUCCCAAAUCCGGAGCAAGCAAAAAAGUGCAUCGUCAAUGUCCUGCUCAGUGUGUGCAUAAAUUAAGCUUCUAUUGCCGUCGAAGGUUGCAUAAUUAUCGAGUGUGUGCAAUAAGUUCCAGUGCAUUGUGUUACAAGUUUACCUGAAACAAAAUGUUUCCUGUUCUACUAAAGAAAAUCAAUUCCCAAUUCGUGUGCCAAAAAGUCCAUGUGGCGCUAUUUUGAGCGGUGAAAUAAUUCCAAUUGGAAAAUCCGUGCAGCCCCGCACAGGGUUCCAAUUGCACACAGCAGCGUCGGAACCAAAACCCAGAUCUCGUUGUCCCUCCAGCCAACCUCUCGGUGUGACCUUCUCCAGUUGCACCUGCCAGCCUGUUUGUGCUGUUGAUGCUGGUUAUCCAGAUUUAAAAAAAUAUUGAUUGCACACCUAUCAUCAUCAUCAUCGUCAUCUUGGCUGAAAUCAUCACACAGAGAAAUCCACGCGCGAAGGCCCUUCCCCGUCCAGCAGAGACCCCCAGACUUCGAAGAAUUGAUGGAUUAGAGUCGGGUCGCGUGCAGCAAGAGUCGCACGGAGGAGUCGCCCCUGGUUUGAAACUCAUUAGUGUCCGGAGAAACGACGACGAUGAUGGCAGCAGCGCCAGCAGCAGCAGGGAGUCCCGUAAUUGUCUCCAAUCAAGCCGUCAGUAGCAGCUGAUCUACGCUUCCAUACGGGUCCAUCAGCGGGGUCAAUCGCGCUACGACCAACGCCAAGUUCUAAGGGAGAGUGCACUUUAUUUGGCCUCGACGGAAUCUCCGGUUUCAACCAGCAGAAGUGCGUCCUGCGGUAUUGGUGCAGCGUUUCAAUCGACCCAAAAUGGGAAAGAUCAACAGCUACAGCGGAGCUGAUGCGGGAGGAGUUGCGCUGGAGAGCAACUGCUUGGAGCACUGGAGAGUUCCGGUAUCCAGAAGAUUCGCGGAACCGGUGGCGGAGCUGGGACGGCAGUGGCCGCUGAUCAUCAGGGUGAGCGAUGCUGAUGACAGGUUGAUCGAGCAGGACCAGGUAGUUUGCCAUCGGGAGGAAGACGAGGAGGAGAACGAAGAGGAUCGGGACCACGUAACGGCGAUCGAUGAGAGUCGGCUGGAGUACCGAGCGGAGGGCAACGCCAACAUCGUGAUGGCCGUGCAGGGCAGCCGGUACGUGCUGCGGCUGAGGAAAACGGAUGUGACGAGGAGUGACGGAAAGGAUUCACCGAUCGAUCUGGUGAGGUUCAUCAAGUAUACCAGGGUGAUGGCCAGCCUGUUCUCGGAACACUUUGUCCCUGAGCUGAAGCUGGGCCGCGUUGAGACGUACGAUCUGGACGCGUUCAACAAGAAGUUGGUUCAAUUUCGACCCGUGACCCGACUGGACAAGGAAAUCCGAGUACGUGACGGCAUCCUGUAUCCCGACGUGGCGUUUUUGCCGGCCAAGCUGAGUCCGUACGGUGGCUGUGGUGGUGGCGGUUGCCGGCCGAGGGACAACUUCGUCGAGAGCUGCACCGAUUACGGGCAGGAUGCCCGCUUCCUUCCCUCCAGCACGUACUGCGUGGAGAUUAAACCAAAGCAGGGUUGGUCCUUCCUGGACGGAAAUUACGCCGAGGAGGAGGAACCGUUUCCAAACUGUGAUAGCCUGGCGCUUCCGGAGCUGGCCGGAACGAGCGGCGGCAAGUGCCGCUUCUGUCUGUUUCAGUAUUUAAAGCUGCAAAGGAAAACCAUAGGAACUAUAAGCAAAUACUGUCCGUUAGAUCUCUUCUCAGGGAAGCCGCUCCGGAUGCUGCGCGCCAUCAAGGGCCUCAUCGGGGCACCGCAGAACAACUUCAAGCUGACCAAGAACGGCCGCAUCGUGUACGAAGAGACGCGGGAAAAGUGCAUGCUCAACCGGGUGCUGAAGGAGAUCUUUCAGCGAGACCAGCAGAACAAGGAAAGACGAAAAACCAUUUUUAUGAACCUGAUAAAGGAAACUUUGCUGAAGGAUUACUCGGUGAAUGAGGCGAACUCGGACCGAACCCUGCUAACGAUUCGGAAGGACAGGAAAAAGAAGGAUAAAAACCUUAUACACGAACGUACCUGUAGCCCAAUUAAUUACCAGUUUCUACCGGAGAAUUGUGCGCUCAAGCAGAUCCAGGACGUGCAGCUUCUGGUUAAGUCAAAUCUGACGACGGUUCAGCCGGACAAGUUGCGAAAGCACGAGUACGUUGACGAGCUGUACGAAAAGUGUGUCGAUUGUGGGGAAGACUGCACCAGCACCUUCAUCGAUAGCCGGCGGAGGUUGAGCCACUUUGUCGAGCAGUACCUUAGCCCGGAAGAACGGUACCAGCUGGGUGCGACUGCACUCGAUUGCUCCAUCAUGAUUACAUUCAGGCGAUUGACGGACCGCGAGGAGGAAAGCCUUCCGGCGGUCGCCCAGUGCCACAUCAUCAGUAUUGAGGGCAUCAAGUUUCUGACCAACGUGACCAUCACCGACCUGGACCCGAAAACGCUCCAGCACGUGCAGCGCAAGUACCUCGGCCAGCUGCGCGAGUCCGCCGUCGCGUAUCGGGAGUUUCUGUCCAAGAUUAAGCGUUAAAAGUUAAGGGGUUUUGUGCAUUUAUCAAAUUUGAAUUAAGUGUAUUUUUGGCUAAGUUAGGUUAGGGUUUGCUAAAGCAUCCUGUCGACAGAAUUUUUCAGUUUUAUUUGAACACUUUUGUGUCACCGCGUUUAACAUUCACCUUUUAGCACUACUUUUUAGAAAUCAAUAUCUGUUGAAAGCUCUCAAAGAUUACGUAUUCAGAAAAUGCAAUAGAAAACUAGUGUCCCGGAAUUAGCUUUACAAUUUAAAUAACGUUUUGGUAGACUUAACUCAUUGUGCUCAACAUACUUUCUAGAUAGAAUCGUCGUUAGCCUAACACAACAAAAUAUUUAUUAAAAAUGACAUAGUAAUAUUAAAAAAAAUGCAAUUUGCAAUAACUACCGAGGAGUAACUUAUGCUGCACAAGGUUGUAGAAGUGCCAAUAAUUGUGAGCUGUCAAAGAAGAAAUAUUUAUCAAAUUUGUACUUUUUUUUCUACCACGGUUGAAAUUAACUAACACAAAAUAUACGUGUGUCGUACCGGAAUGAUGUGAUCAAGUAGAUAAAGCGUAAUAAGCAAUUGUGUCCAUAAUUGUCACCUUUUGUAACACUACACAAUGUUUUGUCUAUCGAUGGAAUGGUAAUGGAAUUUGUGGAAAAGAAAUCUAGCAAAUAAAAAUAAAAUAUGUUUUCAAAUCGUACAA